AUGCCUACGUUGGACUUGGUUGAAAGACUAUGGAUCGCGAGGUUUGCUCUUGGUUUUGCAACCUUCUUCGCGGGCAUAGUCGUUUGGGGCUGCUCGCUGCGACACAACCGGAGGCGGUAUGACCCAGCUCGCUUCGCGUUUCUUCUCCAAAGGAUAUUCAUGGGCUUCUUUCUCUUCGCUUGUCUGCUGGAUGCUCUGGGUUUUCUUCUGGUCUCCUUGCAGACGACAUUCGGAUUGUUCUACAGCCCCGAUGCAAGUUACAUUAUUUCUUCAGCGGCAUCGUUCUUCAUGAUGCUCACGGAAGGCUUAAUAUUCAUCAUGCUCAUCCAUCUGCUAAAUGGGAUCUCGAUAAGCCAGCUUGGUAGCCUCAGCGAUACCGGCAAGGCUCUGAAUCCGAUCAGCGCCACUCUAGCUGUGCUCCUUGGGAUUCUCUCGCUCGCUAUCUUUACUCUGGAGCUUGUUAGGCGUUAUAUGAGAAGCUCCUCCUGGAAUUUCUACCCAUGGGCGAUCAGUGUAUCAUUUCGGGGAUUGGACAUGAUUGCAUCGAUACUCUUGGUUGCGCGCUCCAUUCGAGUAAUGGCUAUCUCACGGGAGGAAGGUCGAUUGGCCAAGGCCUCUAUUCUGGCGCUUGUUUGCUGUGCAUUAGCACUCACGAGGUCAAUCUACGGACUCGCCAGUGUUUCCGGGAGUCGAUCAAGUUACUGGAUAUAUCUCCACGUGCUGACGUAUAUUUUCGAAGCCUGGCCCAACUUCGUUAUAUUCUGCAUUACUUUCGUCAUUGGCAGGGACAGACAGGAUGGCCUCUGGUCUCUUCACCAACCCCCUCCUGCAUCCAUCUCCAACGAGCUUCAACAACCCACCUUGAUGGAUCUAGAUAAUUCGCAGCAGCAGCCCGGGCCGUAUUACGAUCCUCAAACGGGGCAUAUGUGGCAAUCAAUGGGAGGAUACAAUCAGCCGCAGGAAUCAUAUCGGUACUAUCCACAGCAAGCUUUGGUUCAAGGAAUGUACGCCAACGCCUCGCCUCCCGAGCUGCCACCAACUGAAUUGCGACCGCCUGUGCCGUUGGGUAGAUCACAGCGGUCUCCAAGUCCGAUUUUAUUACCGAAUACUCCUGCUUCUCACAUUUCAGUUCCCAAUCCGCAACUGAGUCCUAUUCCGGGAUUUUUACGAAGAUGA